UAAUACUAGCCAGCGACUUGUCUAGUGCGGGUUCCUCUUUCGCAGGUUGCAGGCCAUUAUAGUGUGCCAACAACCACUCCAGAGGAACUACCUCAUAACCUCUGUUCUUGAAGCGAGGUGAGCGAGCGAAUCAUACUUGUCUUUUGCACGAGAGGUACGAUCGAGUACUGGCCGGCGAUGUCGUCCGCUGAGGGAAGGAAGACGGCGUGCGUCACCGGAGGGAGCGGCUACAUCGCCUCGGCGCUCAUCAAGCUGUUGCUCGAGAAAGGCUACGCUGUCAAGACCACGGUCAGAGACCCCGAUGACACGGAGAAGAAUUCCCACCUCAAGGACUUGCAAGCACUUGGCCCCUUGGAGAUCAUCCGUGCCCGGCUGGAUCAAGAAGGAAGCUUCGACGAUGCAGUUUCCGGCUGCGACUACGCCUUCCUCGUCGCCGCCCCGAUGAACAUCGGCUCAGCAGAUCCCGAGAGGGAUCUGAUCGAGCCGGCCGUGCAAGGAACACUCAACGUGAUGAGAUCGUGCGUGAGAGCCGGGACGGUGAAGCGGGUGAUCCUGACGUCGUCGGAUGCCGGGGUGUCCAGGAGGCCGCUGCAGGGCGGCGGCCACGUGCUGGAUCUGGACGAGGGCUCCUGGUCCGACGUCGAGUACCUCAGAGCCAACAAGCCACCAACUUGGGACUACGCGGUGUCCAAGGUGCUUCUGGAGAAGGCGGCGAUCGAAUUCGCCGAGGACAACGGCAUCAGCCUUGUCACCGUGUUGCCCGUGUUCACCUUGGGCGCGGCGCCGGUCUCCAAGGCCAGAACCAGCGUCCCCGUCACCCUCUCCCUCUUGUCUGGCGAUGUGACACAGCUGGACAUCCUGAUAGGCCUGCAGUCGGUCACCGACUCCGUGUCGAUAUGCCACGUGGAUGACCUCUGUCACGCCGAGGUGUUUGUAGCCGAGAAUGAGUCGUCGGCGGGCAGGUAUAUUUGCUGCAGCCACAACACCACCCUCGUGCAGCUCGCCCAUCUCCUAGCCGAGAAGUACCCACGGUACAACGUGAAACCUGAACGAUUUGCUGGGUCCCAUGAGAAGCCGAGAGUGUGUUUAUCGUCUCAGAAGCUCAUUGGGGAAGGGUUCGAGUUCAAGCGCAAUGACCUAGGCGAGAUCUUCGACGACCUCGUUGAGUACGGCAGGACCACGGGGAUCCUUCAGCACUGAUAUAUGUAUGUUGGAUGCAGAUGGAUAUGUAACUGGAUCAAAACAAUGCCGUGUAGGCUGAAAACCCCAUGCUUGUAUUUUGAUGUGUUAUGAUGUUAAUUACUUCUUGCCCUAUG